UCGCCCCUUUCCGCCAGCAGAGCCCCGAUAAUUCCCGACUGCUUCUGAAAUCAGAGCCGAGCCUCUUCGGCAGCUUCCGGAAACCCGGAAGGGAGGCGGCCGAGCACGUUCGGGUGUCUCCGGGCCCAGCAGGGCGGGCGAAGGAAGCGCGGCCGAGCUGCGGGCCCAGCCGGGCAUGCGGCUGCUCUCGCGAGUUCUCCGCGCGGCGCAAGGCUGUCGGGCCGCCGCGCUGCCCCCUCGGAGCCCCCGAGCAGCACCGGUCGGGAGCGGCGCGGCGGGGACAUGCCCGCGGCAGCCGCGCCGCGGGCUGAGCGCCCGGCCCUGCCUGGACGAGCUGUUCGCCGCCCCCUCCUUACGCCGCCUGCUGGAGGCGCGGGCGCGGGGCGAGGCGGGGCCGGAGCUGGCGGCGCGGAUCCAGCGGCUGCGCGACAAGGAGCAGGAGCUGCGCGACACGCGAGAGCUGGCGCGACAAGACGAGAGCGAAGAUUUCCGGAAGCUUGCAGAGAAGGAAAUCACCUCCUGUGAAGAAGAGAUACUUGAACUGAAACACCAGAUAGUGUUGCUUUUGCUUCCUUCAGAAGAAACAGAUGAGAGUGAUCUUGUCAUGGAAGUAACUGCUGGAGUUGGAGGGCAGGAAGCCAUGCUGUUUACCUCGGAGAUAUUUGAUAUGUAUCAACGAUAUGCUGCCUAUAAAAAGUGGAAAUUUGAAAUAUUAGAAUACUUUCCCAGUGAAAUAGGUGGCCUAAGACAUGCAGUUGCCAGUAUAGCAGGUCUUGAGGCUUACAAGUACAUGAAAUUUGAAGGAGGAGUGCAUCGUGUUCAGCGGGUGCCAAAGACAGAAAAACAAGGACGCAUUCACACCAGCACAAUGACUGUUGCAAUAUUACCCCAACCCACAGAGAUGAGGCUGCAAAUUAAUCCAAAAGAUCUGCGGAUAGAAACAAAGCGAGCUAGUGGAGCUGGAGGCCAGCAUGUCAAUACCACAGACAGUGCUGUACGGAUAGUUCAUAUUCCAACAGGGAUUGUGUCUGAAUGUCAGCAAGAAAGAUCUCAAAUUAGAAACAAAGAGAAGGCUAUGCAAAUGCUAUCUGCUAAACUGUACAAUGCCAAACUGGAAGAAGAAACCAAAAAGAGAAACAGUGUUCGAAAGAUUCAAAUUGGGACUAAAGGAAGAUCAGAGAAGAUUAGAACAUACAACUUCCCACAGGACCGGAUUACUGACCACAGGAUAAGCAGAUCAGUGCAUCAUGUUGAGUGUUUCAUGCUAGGACAGGGAAUGCUAGAUGAAAUGAUACAAACUCUGAGAGAAUACGCCGAUUAUGAGUCUUUAAUAGAAAUUAUUUCAGAAAAUGAAAAAAAUAAUGUAUCCUGAACAUUGCUCUUUGUCAGACCGUUACAACAGAUUUAGACAGUUGUCUGCAAAGGAGCUUCUUGGAGCACCACCCAGAAAAUGCAACUGCUUUUCAGAUAAUGAAAGACACUACAGUUUGUUUCCUCACUUGUUGAGUAGGAGACUUUAUUACCUUUAUAUGAGACAUCAUUGCUGCAGCAGUCUACUUAAAAAGUGAAUUUGACCAGGCAAGAAAUACCUGCAGUUUUUAAUUUUUUCCUCUGAGAAGUUACCAAUACACCGAUUUUGAAAGGUAUGCAUUAAAAAAAUGGGCUAUUUCUAGUUCCAGUUUCCAUUUAAACAAUAGUUUAAAUGUCAGUACAUUGUCAAGUAGGUUACUUGACAGAAUUAAAAAAAAAUCCUAUUUUGUUUGAGUGAUUGGAAAAAUGUGAUAAAUAAAUUACCCCACUACUAAUCUGCGUAUUUGUUAAUUGCACGUGGCAGAGGAGGAGUCAAGGUGUAUGUCCUUCAUGUUUUCAUGGCCUUCUGGCCCUUAUUAAUAAACACAAAAAAUCUUCAGGAAUAUCCCUUUUUAAAAAAAAAAAAAGCUAUGGAGCCGGGUGACAAGUUAAUGUGAGUUGGUUUUGAAAAGAAUGUUUCUAUUCUUGAGUCAAAAGUGAAACUAAUCAUUACAAUAUUGUUUGCCUGAUAUUUCAGUCUCCAUUUGGCUUCAAUUCUUCAAUUCAGUUUCUCCUUUAUAUUUUGAAUAGGCUCUCUAGUACGUUGACUUUCUAAAGGUUAUGUAGUAUGAACAGCAUCUUAUUGCUUUUGUCUAUUUAUUAACCAGCAUCUUAAAACAAUUGAUCUGUGAAAGCAAAAUAAAACUUUUGCCUUUCUAGUCUCUGAUAUAUGCGCUCUUAUAUCCGUGAGUAAUGCCAAAUACAUAUAGCAAUACAAAACCUGCAGAUAAAAAUCAGGAAAUUACUAAUAAUGUAGUUGACAAUUUCUUUUUAUGAACUAUCCUCUGGCAGAUCAUGGAUCCCAUAAAGCUAUUUGUUACUCAAA